AUGGCACGCGGAACAGACCCCGACGCGACGGUGGCCAUGCCCCGACUGGAAGACGUUUUGCGGCAUCCGGAAGACCUGGACAAGAUCUCCGCGUUAAAGGCGGAAUACCUGCGCAAGAAGGCGGCGGUGGACUCGCAGCUCCGCGAAGGGCUGCGCGACCAGCUCGAGACGGUGCAGCGCAGCAUCAACGCGCUGACGGAGGGCCAGCGGCAGGUGUCCAAGACGAAAGACGAGCUGCAGGGGAUCGACAAGCUGUGCGCGGAGUCGCAGACGAGCGUGGACGACUUCUCGCAGAUCGACAAGCUGGCCAAGGUGCAGCGCAACUUCGAGGCGACGCUGACGAUGAAAAGCGGGCUGGAGAACUUCGCCGACGACCUGGCCGAGGUCGAGGAGCUGCUGCGCCAGGACGACGACGACAUCGAGAACCAGCCGAACCUGCUGCGGGCGCAUAUGCAGAUCUCGCGGCUGCGGGAUUUCCGCGACGAGGCGAUGGAUCAGAUCCGCAAGGCGGGCGACGAGAGCAGCGAGGCGACGCUCGAGGAGUACUUUGAGCGGCUGGACUCGGUGGUUGACUGGUUUGAUGAUCAUCUGGGUACGGCGUGCAUGAAUCUCAUCCCGCUGGUGCAGACGGAUAAUCGAAGCAUGGUGGUGCGUCUGGGCGUGGUGGUUAUGAGCGAGGAGAAGAAUGAUGAAAAGGUGCGGGCGUUGCAGGAGGCGCAGAAGGACCACCAGGACCUGGCCGGACGGUUCAAGUCUAUGAAUGUGGGCCCCAAGACCGUCCGCGGAUACAAGGAGAAGUUCCUGCAGGCGAUCGAGUUCUACGCGCAGAACCAGUUCGACAACACCAAGGAGGACUUCCUCGGCGACCCGGACAACCUGGAGAAGAGCUUUCGGUGGUUCUUCAACGAUCUCUACACGGUCCAGCAGGGCAUGCAGUCGCUGCUGCCGAAGAAGUGGAAGAUCUACAAGACGUAUACCGAGAUCUAUCAUCGCAUGAUGCAUGAUUUCCUGGUGGGCCUGAUUGACGACCCGGAACUGCCGGCGGAUAACCUGCUGGCGAUUCUGCACUGGAGCGAGAAGUACUACAAGAAGAUGAACAAGCUGGGCUGGAAGCAGACGGAGCUCCGACCGAAUAUCCUCGACGACCGUGAGCCCGAGCUCAUCCGUCAAUGGCAGAGCGUGAUCAUCAAAGCCGUGGACGAAUGGAUGGACCGGAUCAUCGACACGGACAAGAAAGGCCUGGUGGAGCGCAUUCCCGAUUCCCUGGACACCAACGCCGAAGGAUACUUCCGGACCAAGACGCUCCCCGAUAUGUGGCGCAUGCUGCACGAACAGGUGGUGGCCUCGGGGGCGUCCUCGCGGACCGACCUGGUGGAGGGCAUCAUCGACUCGAUGUUCCGCGUGCUGAAGGCCCGGCAGACUGCCUGGCAGACGCUCAUCGAGGAGGAGUGUGCCAAAUACAAGGUGCCCGGAGGGGAUCAGCUGGACGGGCUGCAGCUGUUGCAGGACUGGCUGAUUGCGGUGGCCAACGACCAGAUCGCCUGCAUCGACGACAACGACGAGACGGGCCAGAUGGGGUACCUCACGCGGUUCAAGCGCGACUUCGAGCAGUUUGUCGACCCGAAGUAUAUGGCGUCGCGGGGCAACCCGGAGCUGGAGGCGCUGCGCGACGGAUACGUGGACUUGAGCACGUACUGUCUGGCGCAGUUCGUGGAGGUGAUCUUCACGGUCGAUCUCCGGACCACGAUCCCCGACUUCUUCACGCCGAAGUGGUACGGCGAUUUUGCGGUCAAGCGAAUCACGUCGACGUUCGAAGACUACAUGUCGGACUACGCGCCGGUGCUGCACCCGUCGCUGACGGACAUCCUGGUGGAAGAGCUUUCCGACGAAUUGCUGGUGCGGUAUCUGUCGUCUGUUCGCAACCGUGGGGUGAAGUUCCGGCGGCAUGCGGAUCCGUACACGGACAAAUUCAAGGAUGACGUGCUGACUGUGUUUGCCUUCUUCGAGCGAUACCCGGAGUCAUUUGCGGGCACGAUCAAGGGCAAAUGGCGGUUGGUCGACUGGCUGGUGCGGCUGCUGGACGCCGACAAGGGCCCGGCGCUGGUGUCGGUCUACGAGGACUUUAAGACCGAGUACUGGGACCUCCAACUGACGUGGGUCGAGGCGGUCCUGCGCACACGCGACGACUUUGAGCGGAGUAUGAUCAGCGCGAUCAAGGCCAAGGCUGCGGAGCUGUCGGUGGAACGGGGCAUGGAGACGCUGAUGAGUCGAGUGCAGUAG